AUGGAUGUCUCUCUUUGCCCUACCAAGUGCACUUUCUGGAGGGUAUUUUUGCUCUGGAGCAUUUGGGGAGACUAUCUGCUUUCGGUGCUGGCUUGCCCUGCUAAUUGUCUUUGCAGCAAGACAGACAUCAAUUGCAAGAAGCUGGAUGAUGGGAACCUCUUCCCUCUCUUGGAAGGGCAGGAUUCAGGCAGCAGCAAUGGCAACACGAGCAUCAACAUCACGGACAUCUCAAGGAACAUCACUUCGAUACACAUAGAGAACUGGAAGAACUUGCAGACGCUGAACGCCGUAGACAUGGAGCUGUACACGGGACUCCAGAGGCUGACAAUCAGGAACUCAGGACUACGAAAUAUCCAGCCCCGGGCCUUUGCGAAGAACCCUCACCUGCGCUACAUAGACCUCUCUGGUAACCGGCUCACCACCCUGUCAUGGCAACUCUUCCAGACGCUGCGGCUCUUCGAACUGAGACUAGAGAGGAACCUCUUUAACUGCAGCUGCGACAUCCGCUGGAUCCAGCUCUGGCAGGAGAAGGGCGAGGCCAACCUGCAGUCCCAGGAGCUCUACUGCAUGAACAUGGACACAGCCGUCAUCCCUUUGCAGGAGAUGAACAUCACCCAGUGCGACCUCCCGGAGAUCAGCGUGAGCCACGUGAACCUGACGGUGCGGGAAGGGGAGAACGCUGUCAUAACCUGCAACGGCUCGGGCUCGCCGCUGCCCGACGUCGACUGGACGGUGGCGGAUCUGCACUCCAUAAACACGCACCAGACCAACCUCAACUGGACCAACGUUCACGCCAUCAAUCUGACCUUGGUGAAUGUCACCAGUGAGGACAACGGAUUCCUGCUUACCUGCAUUGCUGAGAACGUGGUGGGGAUGAGCAAUGCCAGCGUGCUACUCACCGUCUACUAUCCCCCUCGCAUCCUAACCCUGGAGGAGCCGGUGCUGCACCUGGAGCACUGCAUUGCGUUCGCAGUGCAUGGGAAUCCAGCUCCCACCCUCCACUGGCUGCACAACGGCCAGGUCCUCCGGGAGACGGAGAUCAUCCACAUGGAGUUCUACCAGCAAGGGGAAGUCUCUGAGGGUUGCCUGCUCUUCAACAAGCCCACUCACUACAACAAUGGCAACUACACCAUAGUGGCCACCAACCAGCUGGGUUCAGCCAACCAAACCAUCAAGGGACAUUUCCUUGAAAAGCCUUUUCCAGAGAGCACGGACAACUUUGUCUCAAUUGGUGAUUACGAAGUGAGUCCCACCCCACCCAUCACUGUGACCCACAAACCAGAGGAGGACACUUUUGGGGUUUCCAUAGCGGUUGGGCUGGCAGCUUUUGCUUGUGUCCUCUUGGUGGUCCUCUUUAUUAUGAUCAACAAGUAUGGCCGGCGGUCCAAGUUCGGGAUGAAAGGUCCCGUGGCAGUGAUCAGCGGCGAGGAGGAUUCGGCCAGUCCCCUCCACCACAUCAACCACGGCAUCACAACGCCCUCGUCCCUGGAUGCUGGCCCGGACACGGUGGUGAUCGGCAUGACCCGCAUUCCUGUCAUCGAGAACCCCCAGUACUUCCGACAAGGUCACAACUGCCACAAGCCAGACACGUAUGUCCAGCAUAUUAAGAGGAGAGACAUCGUUUUGAAGAGGGAGCUGGGAGAAGGUGCCUUUGGGAAGGUGUUCUUGGCCGAGUGUUACAACCUCAGCCCCACCAAUGACAAAAUGCUGGUGGCAGUGAAGGCGCUGAAAGACCCCACCUUGGCGGCCCGCAAGGAUUUCCAGAGGGAGGCAGAGCUGCUCACCAACCUGCAGCACGAGCACAUCGUCAAGUUUUACGGCGUGUGUGGUGACGGCGACCCGCUCAUCAUGGUCUUCGAGUACAUGAAGCAUGGGGACCUGAACAAGUUCCUGAGGGCACAUGGCCCAGAUGCUAUGAUCCUCGUGGACGGGCAGCCUCGACAAGCCAAAGGGGAGCUAGGGCUAUCCCAGAUGCUCCACAUCGCUAGCCAGAUCGCCUCUGGAAUGGUGUACCUUGCCUCCCAGCACUUUGUCCACAGAGACCUGGCCACCAGGAACUGCUUGGUCGGAGCCAACCUGCUGGUGAAGAUUGGAGACUUUGGGAUGUCAAGAGACGUCUACAGCACUGAUUACUACAGGGAAGGGCCGCGUCCGAAGGGCCAGUUCAGCGCAGCGUGGCAGCGACAGAGACUGGCACCGCCGGCAGCUGCAACAGUUGGAGGACACACCAUGCUGCCCAUCCGCUGGAUGCCUCCGGAGAGCAUCAUGUACAGGAAGUUCACGACAGAGAGCGACGUCUGGAGCUUCGGGGUGAUCCUCUGGGAGAUCUUCACGUACGGGAAGCAGCCCUGGUUCCAGCUCUCAAACACAGAGGUCAUUGAGUGCAUUACCCAAGGCCGAGUUUUGGAAAGACCUCGAGUCUGCCCCAAGGAGGUUUACGACAUCAUGUUGGGCUGCUGGCAGAGAGAACCUCAGCAACGGCUCAAUAUCAAGGAGAUCUACAAGAUCCUUCAUGCUCUGGGCAAGGCCACACCAAUCUACCUGGACAUCCUCGGCUAG